UGAAGUUCUAUCACUUUGCCUGCUGAGGCCAGGGGCUGGUGAAGCCAUGAGUACCACCUUCCUCCAGAGCUCUUCUUCUACCUCUGGCGGUGGCUUUGGUGGGGGCUCCACUCGGGGCACCUCUCUCCUGGCUGGUGGGAGCUAUGGAGGGGGAAGUCUCUAUGGAGGUGGGGGUGGGGGUCGGAUUUCUUCCUCCUCAGCUCGGUUUGUCUCCUCUGGGUCGGUGGGGGGCUAUGGUGGUGGGAUGAGCUAUGGCUUUGGUGGAGGGGCUGGUGGUGGUUUCGGCGGAGGGGUUUGUGGAGGAUAUGGAGGAGGCUUUGGUGGUGGCUUUGACUUGGGUGGUGGAGAGGGUGGCCUCUUGACCGGCAAUGAGAAGAUCACCAUGCAGAACCUCAAUGACCGCCUGGCCUCCUACCUGGACAAAGUGCGGGCUCUGGAGGAGGCCAAUGCUGACCUGGAGGUCAAGAUCAGGGACUGGCAUCUGAAGCAAAGUCCCUCAAGCCCCGAGCGGGAUUACAGCCCCUAUUACAAGACCAUUGAGGAGCUCCGGGACAAGAUCCUGGCAGCCACCAUUGACAACUCUCGCGUUGUUCUGGAGAUUGACAAUGCUCGGCUGGCUGCUGAUGACUUCAGACUCAAGUAUGAGAAUGAGCUGAGUCUACGUCAGAGUGUGGAGGCUGACAUCAAUGGCCUGCGCAGGGUGAUGGAUGAGCUGACCCUCUCCAAGACUGAUCUGGAGAUGCAGAUCGAGAACCUGAAUGAGGAGCUGGCCUACCUCAAGAAGAAUCAUGAGGAGGAAAUGAAAGAGUAUAAGAACCAGCUGGUGGGUCAGGUCAAUGUAGAGAUGGAUGCAGCCCCAGGGGUGGACCUGACCCGUGUGCUUUCUGAGAUGCGAGAGCAGUACGAAGCCAUUGCUGAGAAGAAUCGUCGAGAUGCCGAGGCCUGGUUCUUUAGCAAGACUGAAGAACUGAACAAAGAGGUGGCUUCCAGCACUGAAAUGAUCCAGACCAGCAAGACCGAGAUCAGUGACCUGAGACGCACGCUGCAGGGGCUGGAGAUCGAGCUGCAGUCCCAGCUCAGCAUGAAAGCCGGGUUGGAGAGCUCCUUGGCAGAGACGGAAUGCCGCUAUGCCACCCAGCUGCAGCAGAUCCAGGGGCUGAUCAGCAACAUUGAGGCCCAGUUGAGUGACCUCCGCAAUGAGAUGGAGUGUCAGAACCAGCAGUACAAGAUGCUCUUGGACAUCAAGACCCGGCUGGAGCAGGAGAUCGCCACUUACCGUAACCUGCUGGAGGGCCAAGACUCCAAGAUGGUUGGCUUCAGUACCAGAGAAGGUUCCCUUAGUGCAGGAGGAGGUGGUGGCAGCAGCAGCAGCAGCAGCAGCAACAGGGUCCGCAUCACCAUGGAGGAAUCAGUGGAUGGGAAGGUGGUUUCUUCCCGAAAAAGGGAAGUCUAAACUUUCAUUACAGGAAAAAGAGAAAGGCCCUCCCCUGCCCGGCUGAGAGCAAGAGUAGCCGCAAUGGGGAGGAGGAUGGAAACUCCAGUCUUUGCCCUGGCAAUGGGAUGGCAAAUGUGGCACCCGCCAUGCCCUGUUCCGGGCUCCCUAUCGUCCCUCUCUUCUUCUCCCAUUCACCCUACCCCCCUUUUUAGCAGUAUGUUCCUAGGGUGGAAGCUAGGGGAAGCAAUCGUAUUGUGUAACCAGUGUUCAACUAUACUGUUUCUUUCUGUGAAAUAAAUAAAGUUUUCCUUC